AUUAAUCAUGAUUUUAAAAUAGUUCAAAAAUUUAUGCAAAUAUUAUCUAUCCUAAAAGUAAGAUGAAGAAAAAUGUGGCUUUUUCCAACGAUUUAUGUUCUGAAUCAUUCUUUGAGUUAUGAAAAAAAAGGUUCAGUAUGAUGAAGCUAUACACCGUUCCAAUAAACGCUCAACAGUUCAAUAUUGACUUAUUUAAUUUUGAAAAAAUGAAACAAAAAAUUACAUUCGAAUUUUUAAUAGACUUGAUCUGACUCAAAUCGUUAUAAACAAAAUUACUUUAAUAUCCAGAGGGACUUUUAUCUUCCUUUUUUUUAAAGAAAUAUUAACUUAAAUUUUCUGAAAAAUAGAUUAUCAUAUUAUUUUUAAAUAAAGAUAAUCGAAAUUUUUAUUCGAAUCGGAAAUAUAAAAAUUGCAUAUGAAAGAAAAACGAAAGUUGUGAAGGUCCGAUGCCUAGAUAAAAAUGUACAGUGUUCAAAAUCACGUGGACAUUUUUAAGUUCAAGGGAGAUGGGGAGCAUUCCGAAAAUUUAGCUUACAUUCGUAUCUGUAUCCCGGCUCAUAAAAUUCAAAAAUGUUUGACAUAUUCUGAAGGGGACACUAUAUACACCAUCAAAAAGAGAUACAUAUCCAGUUUGCACCAACCUUUAGAAGACGAACUAAAUUACGGGUUAUAUUUACCCCCCGGAAAUGGCUAUAUCGGAGGUUUUCUUAAUGAGCAAAUUCUUGUCUCCAAAUGUAAUUUCUCUGAUUCCACUCCAUAUUUAGAAUUAAGGUAUAAAAGGAGAGUGUACAGGGAUCCUAAAACCAACGUAAAAUUACUGAAGGAAAUCAAUUCGAUGCCAAAACAAAAGAGAUUUAUGAGUUACGUCAAAAAAGGAACCUUAGCUAAAGUCAAGCGAAUGUGCGAUAAAGGAUUAGAUCCUAAUUUUCACGAUUCCAUUACUGGAGAAACACCGUUGUCAAUUGCCACCAAGAUUUUAGAUCCAUCCGAUUUAUUGGAAACAUUAGUCAAGGGUGGUUCUCAUAUCGAUUUCAGGAACAAAUUGGAUGGCGGUCUAACAGCAUUACAUGUAGCUGCAGGCUUGGGCAAGGCUAUAUCAAUAAAGAAACUAUUGGAGUUAGGAGCUUCCACUUGCGUUCGGGAUAGCAAUAAUCUGACUCCUUUUUAUUAUUUCGUGGUUAAUUCUCAAUUCAACUCCAAUAUGAUUCAAGGAGGAGAUCCUUUAUGUACUAGACUCUUAAUAUACGAUGGAAAUUCACCGCUAGGAAUUUGCGACAAUCAAGAAUGGCAAGAAAUCCAUCAGGUUUGCCGAUUAGGACAUUAUAAAAUAUUGGAAAUAUUAUUGAGUAGGAACGUUGAUGCCAAUGCCAGAAAUGCAUCUGGCAACACACCUUUGCACAUUUGCGGUAUUCAUAAUCAAGUUGAAUGCGCGAAUUUGCUUCUAAGGUAUGGUGCCAAAUUAAACUCUCUUAACUUAGCCAAUCAAAACCCUGCUGAUGUAGCGGUUAUAGCUAGUAAUCACAGUCUUGCAUCUUAUCUAACAAUGAUUAAGGAAAAAACUAAUCUUUCCUCUCAUAUUUCUUCCCCUUCGAUAAAUAAUAAUGACGUUUACCGAACUAUGCCAAUGAAUAAAAUUUAUGGUACAGUCAAAUACCCAAAUACGAAUAAUUCUGAGUGUUAUAUCUACCCUACGCCUAAUAUUCAUCCUAAAAACGAUCAGACAGACAAUUAUAAUAAUAAUUGGCUAAAUAUAAACAAUAGCACACAUUACCAAGAAAGCAUGAAUGGUGGUUAUGUAAAAGGACAUCACGAAAAUCAGACCUACAUUAACACUUAUCAGAACACAAAUGAGAAAAAUAUAAUGGGAUCGAAUCAUUUUACUUACCCUCUUUCAAGUAUUAGAGAUGGCCCUUCGUCUCAAAAUAAUAGCGAAGAAACGAUGUUAGGACUAUCAAAUACGCCCCACAAUAAUCCGACAUCAGAGGAAACAAUAUUUUUCCAACAAGACUUAAAUAUUGAGAAAGAAGUAGAUCAUAAAUACAAUGGUGGGGGUUCCAUCAGCAAUUACAAUGAUAGCGAAAGUAAUACUUAUGUCAAUAACACACCUCUAAAUCAUGGCCUAUUAAAUAACGAAGAUAAAAAUUCUUCGUCUAUCACCUCAGGCAAAGGUUCCAGCUUAAAUAGCGAAGAAAUAAAUGGACCCUCUUCGGAUCAUAAUUCCCCUUCAAUGUUUUUGCCAUGCCAAAGUCCUAGUCCUGUCCAGGAUCAUGAUUACAAGAUUGAAAUUCUUCAAGAUAGCAUUAAACCUAAUACAUCCCUUAGGGUCGACAAUCCUUUAAAAAAUUUGGAGAUUGACAUUAUGGAAAAUACACUCGUUGGUUUAAUGAAUAGUACUUCUCUUAACCAUAAAGAUGAUUUAGAUAACCCUUGCUUAAAUGAAAAUGAUCAGUACAUAGGUGAAUUUGAUAGAAAUUUUAGCAAUAAUGAUGCACAUUUGAACAAUAAUACCAACGUUAAUCCUUAUCACCCUCCGCCUCCGCCAGAUAUAUUGGCCCGAUGCCAUGCGAAUACAUUAUCAAAUAAAUCAUUAUCUUCUCAAGACGUCGCUACGAUGGACGAAUUGGUAAAUCGUUUCGUAAUAUUGCAUAAAGGUGAAACUGGAUAUGGGUUUGUACUAAGUGGCCCUAAAUUGCCUCCCCAAAAUAAUGUCUGCAUCAACACUUUCGGACCAAAAAGUUCAAACACUCGAUUUGAAAAUUGGCAGCAUGUUAUUUUAUCGGUUGACGAGUACAGCCCAGCAUCCCAAGCCGGAUUAAAGCCAGGGGAUCAUGUACUUGAUGUGAACGAUGUACGAAUAGAGUUUUUGAGUCACGCCCAAGUGUCUACUCUCAUAUCCAAAACAGGAGUAAAACUAACUAUGACCGUUUUAACCAAAAGAGUAGGUUUCAUACCUCUGAAGGGUCCCAUAGUCAUGUGCCAUUCAAAAAUGGAAUUAAAACUCAUCAAUAAUCGGUUUUCGAGUGCCCUGAAUUUGUCCAACGGUGGAAGGGGAGAAUAUAAUAUCAAAAGCUUGCCCACCCGAGGUAAAGCUUCUUCAUUCUUCACCAACAACAUGGAUUUUAUUGGAAAGAAGACUAUACCCAAUGGAUUUAGUUCUUUGAGUGGACGAAGAAUACAAAAACGCUUCGAGAAAAAUAAAUAUUUUCGGGGUGAAAGCUACCUAUCCAUUCCAGAGAGACUGAAUACGAUUUUUGACAUUGAAGAAGGAUCCAAAAAUUUAAAUGCCACAUAUGGAUCACUUCAAUCGAAUUCAUCUUCAGCCAUGAACAAUAGAAUUAAAGGUGGUGGCACUAUAAAUUCCAGGCUAACUAAAAAGUUUAAGCCUCAUUUGGCCCAAAUUAUGACCGGUUCUUCUUCAGAAAAUGAUUUAUUACACUUAUCUGCUUUAUCGAAUGAUUUAGCAAGGCAUGCUGAAAAUCAUACUUUUGAUAAGGGUUCUUGUAGACUCAUCAAAGGACAAUUUGUAAGGGACUUUAGAAAUUUCUCACAUUCAAAUUUAGUGGAUGCUUCUUCAUGUUAUUCCGACCAGCCUCCAUGCAACAACCAUAAUAUUUUAAGUUUGGGAAGAAAUUUUUGCCAGACAUUUCAGGCUUAUAAAAAUCAAAAAAAUAUCCUCCUUAAUCCUGCUACAUCCUAUUCCAAGAUGCCGGACAGAUAUAAAAAGAGAUUUAAAGUCAUAUCCCCAGCCAUGUAUAUGCCUCCACAUUAUAUUAAUAAUGUGGAGCAAAAUGUUAAUCCGAUUCCUUUAAGUAAUCCACCACAAUCUUCCUUAGGAAUUAAUAGCUAUUACCAUAAAGAUCUAAAUCUUUCUCAAGCUCCACAUAUCAUAUCUCAACCUUGUUUAAAAUUAAAUAAUGAGAGCAACAUCAGCAUCGUAAGAAACUCCAAUAAUCCGAACCAAUCAUUCAAUAAAAGCGAAAAUGAGAGGUGUCAGGACGUAAGAAAUUUGAAGAGUAAGAUAACCUCUAACGAAACUCACAAAAACGUAACGUUUGCUCCUACCGAUAGUUUAAACACUACAUUAGCAAAUGAGAAUUUUAAUGACUACUAUGCCUAUUCAAGUCAAAUCGAACAUUACCAGAAUGUACCACCUGUAUUAUGCGAAAUACCUCCACCUCCAACAUAUAAUGCUCCAGUACCUCCUAACUAUCGUUUUUCGGUUUACGAUAAUAACAGAGACCAUUUUGCCUAUGGCAUGCUGAAUUUCAAUAAUAACAACAAUAUUGAUUGUCAAUAUCCUAAAGUUGUGGAACGGAUUCAAAAUUAUCAACAGAUUUUAUCAGACUUAACAGAAACUGAGGAUGAAUUAUCAUUAGAGAUAGAUAAACAAUUGGAAUGCGCUGCUAAGAACAAAUUUAUCAAUCAAAAGAUUAUAAGUCAAGAAGAUUCUCUCAAGCCUUCUUGUAGUAAUUCUAUAAACGAUGACUUUUGUAGAAGUUAUAGUGAUAAGAAUAAUAUACCAAUCAUGUCUCAUAUUAAUGAUCAGAUGCAAAUUAACAAUAAUGAAAUUCUUGAAAAGAUAAAAAAUUCACCUCUAGGAAUAAGCUCAUUUAAAAACAAAUUUAACAUCAAAGAAAAUUUAUUGAAAGUAUUAGUAUCUCCUUCUCCUAAAGUUGCAAUCAACGAUAAUUUGAAAUCUCUCGUAGAAUGUAAAAAACCUCAUUUAACGCCUAUUGAUACACCUACUGGUUUGCACGAACCAAUUAUGCCAUUAAGUGUACAUAAGAAUUCACUGGUAGAUUUGAGUGAAAAUAAAGUUUCGACAGAAAUUUCUUAUUCAACUUACUCUACAAAUAUAAAAAAUGUGAUCGAAGAUAUACAGCAACCUCAAUCUUUAUCUAUAGCAGUCUCUAAAAACUCUGAAAAGUCAUUAUUGACCAACUCUCUUUUUAUUGAAACGGAGGCUAAGUUAGACGGCUUUGAUAAAAUGGUUGAUACAAGCGUUCAUCAAGCUUUAUUAAUGGAAAUUCAUUCCUACUUUAACAAAAAUGGGAAUUGCAUAUAUACGGAUAAAAGCAAUGAUUGUACUUCAAAAAGCCUGGAAAUAUUGAAAGAAGAACUAGAGUGCGGGAAAAAUAUAAUAAUAAAAUCUGACGUCGAAACUAAAGACUUAAUUGAUUUUGAAAAUGAUCAUCAAAUAAUCAGCCCAAAGGAAGAGACGCAUAAUAAAAAUAGAUUGAGUGAUAAUUUGAAAAGAGGAACCAAAAUUUUUAAAGAUAUAUUUAAUGAGAUAAAGGCUGAACUAAUUACUCCUAACUUGAAAAAAACAAUUGAAUAUGACGAUAAGAAGACCGGAGAUAACGAUUCAAAAACUAAUGUUACCAAUCAAACAGAUGAUGUAAUCGAUCAUUUAAAUACUAACAUAGAAAUAAGCGACUCAAAUAAUCAUGUUGAUGUCGAUGCUCCUUUUAAUGAAAAUGUUAUAGAAAAAAUUGAUUGCAAAUGCUGUAAUGCUACAUUCGAUGAUAUCUAUAAUAAAAACAUACAGAUAAGCCCUAUAAAUAGUCCACAUAAUUCAUUACAUCAAGUUGAGAACAGAUAUCCUAAUGCUAUAAAUAAUAAUCAUUUUGACGAUGAUAGCUCGGGGACAGUUGUUUAUUCGGUUCCCAUUAAAUGUCACGCCAAAGUUUUACCUUCCAAGUUUCAGUUGAAAAAUAAUUCUCAUUUUUAUCCAAACGAUACGGUGAAUGAUGUAAUUGAUGUAAGAGAAGAUAGUCAUCACUCUACUUUGUACAUUAAUAGUCCCGAUUAUAUUACAGUUAAUAAUAUAGCCAAAAAAUCUAAAUCGAUGACUUAUAAAUUAAAAGAAGGUCCAACAAGAGAUUUUAAAAAGCGUUUAGAAUCAAUGCACAAUGAUCGAUUUAAUCUCCUCAAGAAGCAACUUACAAGGGCAACGGAUCAGGGCCAGUGUUUACAUAAUAAAUCGGAUGAGAUAUGCCGCAGAUAUUUAUUCGCAUCGGCCAAAACCGGGAUGAGACCCUUAAAUGUUUACGCAGGAUAUGACGUAGAAGCAUGCGAGAUGAUAUGGAAUGAACAAUCUAGACAACAUUCUAAUGAGAAUUACGAACAUGCCCAACGUUUCGAUAAAGAGAAGCUUAUUUCAAAAAAUGAUAAUCACAUAAAUGAAAAAAUUACGCGAAAUAAACAUAAACACGAAAGCUCUAAUGACAGGGAAUUAGAUAAAGAGGAGGCUUUUAGGGUUUCCCGUAAGGCUAUAGUAAACAGGAACGUUAGACCUUUUAUAAAAGAUAUAAAUUCUAAUACCAAGAAAAUAUUGGGAGGAAAAUCUCACACUUCUGAACCAUUACCACGUAUUAGAUUCGAUUCCGAUGAUAUGAGCAGAUCGCUUAGUGGACUAUCGCCUGAUACCGAUAUCAUAUUUUAAUAUUACAUAAAUACCUAAUUUGGGAAUAUAUAUAUUUUUAAUAUUAUUUGUAUAUACAUUACCUUACCUUAUAGCUAUAAAUAGAAUACCUACAUAUUUAUUAAAGAUAGUCCACGAUGAUAAAAAGGUAUACUAAAAUCUGUUAUACACUAUUUUAUAUACUGGGCUAUUGCUGUUUAAAAUUUUA